AUGGUGCUACGCGAACGAAAUCAACGUGGUUGUCGGUUGUUAAAAAAUAUUAAUAAAGUACUGAUUCUUUAUUUCCUACCGUUAAAUCGGUAUAAAAUUACAAAUUUAAUGCAUGUGAGCGCUGCUGGACUUAGAAAUUCACACAGACACGUACCAUUUCACGUAAAACUAAUUCAAUCCGUAACAACAGCACAGGAAAAUGGUUAUUACAUUUUAAAAUUAUCGUUUCUAACAUCAUCUAGCACGCCAUUUUCAGAUAUAGUAAAACAAAUUAAAAAGCUGCAAACUAGUUUUGAAAAUAAAGAUAUUAUUUCGGUCCAGGAAUCGAACAGUAAAAAUAAACUUGAGCUAAUAAAGUUUGGCGAAAAACCGAUGCUGAAAAACAUAUAUAUCAGGUCUGACGGAUAUUCUAAUCGUAGAAAUAAAGGUGUUCUUGAAGCUCAUCUAAACGGGUUUAAAUAUAUUAUAGGUCGAACGUUAGAAUUUGAAAUUUUGUUUUCCAACAUCGAAAAUGGGUUUUAUUAUCCUUUGUCUAGUGAAUUGAUAGUGUUGCUGCAUUUUUCCUUAAAAAAUCCUAUUGUCAUCAACAAUAAAAAAGUUACGAUGGUUCAAUUUUAUUCAAAUCUAGGGAAUGUCAUUGAUUCAGUCGAUGGCUUGCAAGAACGAAAAUUUUUUUCUGAACAAGACGAAUUAUUAGAAGAAAGAAACGAGCGAAAACAAAGAGAAUUAAUAGCUACAUCGUUCGAUAAUUUUUUAAAAGACAUCUUAGAGCCUACGUCAAAACAUUUCAUGAUUGAGAUUCCCGAUCAAAAGUUAGAGUUCAAAGGUGCUCCACUAAAUAGCUUGAUUAAAAUAAUGCCCACCAAAACGUCUUUAGUUUCUUUAUCAGAAUGUCCGCCCUUCAUUUUGAAACUUGCAGAUGUAGAACUAGUGUCGAUGGAACGAGUAAUACAAGGUAUUCGAAAUUUCGACAUGGUUUUUGUGCCUCGCAAUUAUAAACAACCAGUUGUUACUAUUUCGUCUAUAGAAACCGUUUAUCUAGACUCUAUCAAGCAAUGGUUGAACGAUAUGGAUAUCGUUUGGUAUACAAGCAAAAACAAUUUAAAUUGGUCAAAUAUUUUGAAACAGAUUCGUUCGGAAAUAUCAGAAUUUGUUAAAAUUGGUUCGUUCCAUUCAUUUUUGAAUGAUGAAGACAGUGGGCAAGAUGAUGAAGAAAAUGAAGAGGAUGAUAAUGACGACGAAACUUCUGAUAUCAGUUAUAGUGAGAACGAAAUAGAUGACAGUGACGACAAUUUUAUUGAAGAUGCUGUGUCAAGUGGUGAAGACAUUGAGGACGAAUUGGCUGAUGAUAUAAACGAAGACUUAGAGGAUGACGAAGGGUCUUUCAUAGAAAGCGAUUAA